CGAGGAGGAAGGCUGACCAAGCUCUCAGUCACUCUCUCUCCACCAUUUCUCCCUCUCUCCCUCCCUCCCUCUUAAACCCACACCCUUGAUGCAGGCAGGCGUGCACACACCGGCAGAUUGAGUCAGCUUCCGCAUCGCUCUCCCUUCUCUCCAUCUCUGCUGCCUCUAUCCUUCCACUGGUGGAUUUCUAGCCCACUUCUGACAAACACCGCCAAUAUGUCUGACAAGCCUGAUAUGACGGAGAUUGCCCGUUUCGACAAGGCAAAGCUGAAGAAGACAGAAACACAAGAGAAAAACCCUCUGCCCACCAAAGAGACCAUCGAGCAAGAGAGGAAAGGCGAUGCCACACCUUGACUUCGAGCACAUGAAGAAAUGAUGCUGAGAUGCCACAGCAAAAAGCACUUUUUUUUUAUCAUCACAGUAUUUCAAUCUCUUGCUUUGUCUUCAGAAAAGGUUGCUUUUGAGCAUCGCGGGGUGCCGUAAAGUGUUUAAGGCAUCCCCUCAUUGGGGGUUCUCUUACCACAUGGGUGGAAAAACGUUAGCUUGGGUGCCUGUCUUGCACUGUUAGCCUAUAGCUAACAUGUCUCCAAUAUUGCCAAACUGGGGAGUGGUGUAGUGAUGUAGCACAGAGAGAGGCAGGCAUCCAUGCUAGUGGGAGGGAGAGGGGGGGGUGUCUAAAGAUGGGAGCAAUCGGAGUCGAAUCAUGUGGGAUGUUUUCUUAUUCAACUUUUUACUUUUAUUUAUGAAAUAAAUAUGAAGACGUGAAACCAGUCAGUCCUGUGCCUUUUGCUGUCUCCUUUAUGUCUGUGUAACACACACACCCAUGGGUGCUCAGACAUGGAAUAAAUACACUAAUAAAAAUGAGUUAUCUAGAUUACGGAUUGGUCAGUACUGUAUAUUUAAGUAUACAAUUAUGAUUCACACCUUUCAUGUGAGUAUAUACGGAGCCAUAUUAGAGUAAUGAUAUUUUACAACUACAUUACUUUGAGUUCUUUGUACAAAAAGGGGCAAAACAUAUUGUACUGUUAAUAAUUUAAGAAUAAGUGUUGGCUAUAUACUAAUAAGAAGAAGAAUCCUAAUAACCUCCUAGGCUAAACACACACUGGUAUAACAGAACACUGAAUAAACACAAUAAAUCAACUGCAAAACUCUAAUAUGAAUGAAUAAAUUAUUUAAACAGAACUCCUUAUAUCCUCUCUUUUUAACUGGCAACAAUAAGGCAACCAGCCUGGGGACAUUUCAAGCUAUUUAACACUAUAAAUUGAUUAAUGGACCAAAAAAACCCUACAAACAUUCUGAUAAUCAGCUAACUAAAAGCUUAAUAAUUCUGCCUUCUCAAAUGUGUUUUUUGUGUGUUGCCUUACCCUUCUAUGACAAUAUAUGUAAAAGGUUUUAGACUUUUGAAUGUGCCAAGAAAACUAUUUGAAGACCUCACACACUCUGGGGCUAUUUAAAAAAAAUAUUUGACCAAAUGAUGAAUGUGCAAAUGAUGAAUGAAUAAAAACACAUUUAGAUUAAAUAUAUACGAAAGAUGA